AUGGCCCUCCAAUGGUAUGGACAAAAUGCUUGCCUUCGAGUCAAUGAAGAUAGCAUUACAAUUGGUGAUACUAUUGAUAGUCAAGCAGAUUUAACUGCUGUUCAAGUUACUGUUUCUUCAGCACAAGGUCGAUUACUUUAUAAUAUAGAAUAUAAACCUUCCGAAUGUAAUGAAUAUCAACAAUAUCAACAUAGUAGAGAAAAUUCUUCCGUACUUAAAACUUCUACUCCUCAUGUAGGAGCAGCAGCUAGUGCGGUAGCAGCUAAAUUUAAUUAUCAUAAUGAAAAUAUUAAUCGUUCAAGAACUCAUUCUCGACAAGGAAGUUCAUUUUCCGAUACAAUUACCACCACCUCUUCUAAUGAUAAAAUCAUUUCUUCAGACCAAAGGAUUUCUUCGGAUUCUUUAUGGGAUGAUUGGAUUGUUAAAUUUCUUCACAAAGAUGAUGAUUUAGCAAUUGAAGAUGCUUCAAUGGAAGAUUGGACAAAAAAAAAACAAAUAAAAAACACUUUAAUUUAUAAAACUUCGAAGAAUUUUAAUAUCGAAUUCUAUUAA